CCCUUUUCCACGACCGCUAACAAUAUACUCGCGCACGGUUCCGAACGAUUUUUCCAUUGAUAAAAACAAUUCGUGUUUAUCUGGAUCGGAUGUAUGUCGUCUUUUAAUACGGUUCUUUUCUUUUUUUUCUUUCUUUUUUUAAUGAAAGAAACUCGUGCGGUACAGUCGGUCAAUGUACGCCCGUUGCGGACCGAUCGAGAUGAAGAGAUAAUCUUUUUGAGAGAUGUUUUGAUAUUGUUACCAAGCGAUUACUCUUGGCUAAUUAUCUGUUUAUCUGUAUCUAUCCGAUGACAAGAAUCAUGGCGUUGAUUUUGAAUUUUCGAAUUGAAUGAAAGGUGAAACUUAAUGGAAAGUUAACGAUGCCAGUUGUUUUUUGAGAAUUAUUGCGCUUGUCGGGAUUUUAUGUCUCAAAUGGGAUUAGGCGUUUGAUUGAACGGUCGGAUUAUUGGGAGAAUGUGUUGUGGCGGAAAAUGUCCGCGUUUCCAUGGAGACCGAUUUGAAUUUUAGCGAUUUCUUUGAUGUAACUUACAUAUUUCCAGAGGAUAUUUUGAUUAUUUUUGGGUAUGAUAUUGCAGUAACAUGGAAGAGUUAACGAGUUCUGAUGUACGAAUCGUAUUGAACAUAAAAGAAGGUAAAGGUUUUGAACAAAUUUUAUUACCAACAUCGAUAACUGCAACUUUAAAUGGGCAUUUGUUAGAGACUGAAGCAAUUGAUCCCAGUCCUAAUCCUCAGUAUGAUCACGACUUGGUUUGGGAAGUCGAUAAAAAUAGAUUAAGGAAGAUGAGAUCUGGACAAGUUCCCUUAAAAUUAGAAUGUUUCAUUGUUAAAAGCAAUGAUAGUAAAGAGAAAUUGGGAUAUCUUCUGCUUAGUCUAAGAUCUGCACAGGUAUUUUCUAAAAAUGAGGACAUUAGUGUAAAAACUAGUUGGCAUAAACUGUUAGGAUUGAAAAGUAAUCUGAAAAUGCAUAAACCUGAACUGCUUCUUGGUUUAAGCAUUCAUGAUCAAGAAUCUGGAACAUUAAAUUGUCAUGUAGAGUCAAAAAAUUCAAAAGAAUUUGUUCAAAUACAGUUGCAAGAUGAUAAAGUAACUCCAGUUUUACUGCGUGAUGAACGUCUUAUACAGUUGGGUCCCAUAGAUACUUGUCAUGAACUAUUCUUGAUGAAUAUUACUGCCAUAUCUGCAGCAAAUGUAGAUUCGUUAUUACCAGCAAAAUACUAUUCUGACCUGAAAAAUAAUUUAUAUUUUUGGUGUAAAAUACUAGAAAACAAUAUAUACUUCAAUCAAUCUAAAAAGGAGUAUGGUGACUUUUGGACACUUAAUGAAAAAAUUGUAAUAAGGAUUAGGAGUUCAUUGAAACUUUUGAAAUCAUAUUUACAAGUGAAACCAUUUUUGAUUGUAUAUUUGAAAUAUAAAGAUAAUGUAAUAGCUGAAUCAAACAUUAAUUUGCAAUCAUUAGUUACUGCUGAUAAUAUUGAGGAGUUUCUCAGAGCUUCAGAGAACAAUAGUAGCAUUUUAAAUUACCGUUGUCACCUAUAUAAAAAGGAUUCUACUGAGAAUGGUGAAGUAGAAUGUAAUAACUCGUACCUUGAUGUACAAUUAAAAUUACAAUAUAUAGGAGGUAAAACAGAAAUAAUAAUGAAUAUACCGAAUACAAUGUCCAAUGAUAUAAUCCCCCUUAAUCCUUCUAAAGAACAAAUGAAUGAUUGGAAACAGGUAAAUUAUAGUGAAGUAGAUUGUCAUAGGAAUCCUGCUGGUGACUUUGGAAAAUACACUACUGGACUUCAAACAUUCAAUUUCUCAAAUGGAUAUAAUAUGCUCAACAAGCAGUCCUUGAGUUAUGAACACAUAAGGAAUCAACCAAUUAAACCUAUAUAUUCACAAUCGCUUGACAAGUUUCCAUGUCAAUGUAGUCUUAAUAGUUGUUCCAAAAAUGUAGAAACAUAUCAUUGUUAUUGUUUAAAUAUUUUAUUGCUAACAAUCAAAUCAAUGUCAUCAAAAUUGACUGUGCCAAACAUUGAAAUUCGGUUCCAUCAUCCAAAGGCAGACAUUACAUCAAUCUUUUAUCCAAAAAUACCACUUGUAUUAGGAGAAAAAACAAAGUUACAUGAUGUAGGAUGUAAAUUACAUUUUAUAUCAGCAACAGAUGAAAUUAAACAUUUAUUGUUGUCUUUCCCACCGAAAAUUAGUAUAUAUAAAAUACAGGAAACUUCUAAAACUUGUAUAUCUCAAUGCAUAGUCGACGUAAAACAAUUGUUUCAUCAAACGAAGUCUGAAUGCCAAUGCGACGCUCCAUUAUACGACAUGGAUCAGAACGUUAUUGGCCACUUAGAUAUUAUGAUGAAUUUAGAGGAUCAUGGUCCAUACUAUAGAAUGAAAAAGCAAACAUCUAGUGAGAAUUUAGGACCUCCAAUUUUAGAUGAUAGUUUAGCAUAUAAAAUAGUUGACGAGUUGGAAACAUGGAAAGAACGGCAAAAAGAAAUAUUUAAAGUUGAGUUAAAAAGGAAGGAAGAUCGUCAUUUAAAUUUAUUAAGUGAAGAAUGGCAAAAGCAUAGAGAAAGUUUAGAAGCAAAGCUUGCAUGUAGUGUCGAACAAUGUAAGAUGUUAGCAAAUAGUUUAAAUAACGCUACCGAGGAUUUGAGAACACGGAGGCUAAAAAGCCUUGAAAAGGAAACGCGAUUAAUUAAAGCAAAUGAAGAACUACAUUGGACAUACGAGACAAAAUUACGUGAGCUCAGAGAAUCAUAUCACACGAUGCAAGAAGAACAUAUGUCAAAGAUUAAUGCGCUCGAGCAUAGGAAAACUAUCUUAGAAACACAAGUUGAACAAUUAAGUACAGAAAAUGAAAAGUUACAGUUGCUUGUAAAAAAGCAGGGGGAAGAAUUAGAAACGUAUCAGAAAGGGUCUUUAACUCAAGAUCAAACAGCAACAUUGCUGCAAGAGUUAAAAACGCUAGAAGAAAAAUUACAAAUGGCGCAAGAAAGUAAAUUAUUCUUUAAAGAAAAGUGGGCGACAGCAGCUCGUGAAAUGCAUAGAAUGAAAAACGAAUUUCAGCAAGCUAUGAAAACUCAAAUAAAAAAUAGUAAAGAGGAAUUAAAGAAUAUAGACUUAGAAGAGGUGCUGUGUGUGGAUUCUACUGCUUUAACCGAUGAUCAAACAUUGUUGAAUAAAAUUCAAAAGGAAAUUGACGUGAUCAAACAGAAACCUACUUUCUUUGAGAAAGAUCCUUAUUGUCAGGUUUUCACACCAACUGUCAGUUCAAAAAUACAACAAAAUAACAGUAAACAUUUCUUUAAAAAAUCAGAGGAAUGUGACGAACGAUUACAAGCACUGUUGGAAGAACGCGAGUCUCUUUUAAAAACUGGUAGUUACUCGAAUGAAGAUACGAUUAUUAAGAAAUUAAACAAUGAAAUAAGAUCUCUAAUGAUGAAAUAAUACGAGCUACCCAUAUUAACAAUAAUAAAAACCCAUCAGUCUGUAAAUUAUUGUUUUAUAUAUUUUUUAUAAAAAUGAUUUAUAAAGUAAACUAACAUAACAUUAC